AUUGCUAACACUAACGGCACCGCAGCCGGGACUGUAAACAUCAGUCAAGUCGAGGAGCGUUGUUGGAGGAGGCUCAAAACCAGUCAGCAUCACCAUGGCCCAUUCUCCUGUUCAGGGUAACCUGCCGGGGAUGCAGAAUGCCAAAGCUGACCCGGAGGAGCUGUUCACCAAGCUGGAGCGCAUUGGCAAGGGUUCAUUCGGCGAGGUGUUCAAAGGCAUCGACAAUCGCACCCAGAAAGUAGUGGCCAUCAAGAUCAUAGAUCUGGAGGAGGCGGAGGACGAGAUCGAAGACAUCCAGCAGGAGAUCACGGUGCUGAGCCAGUGCGACAGCCCCUUUGUCACCAAGUACUAUGGAUCAUACCUGAAGGACACUAAGUUAUGGAUCAUUAUGGAGUAUUUAGGUGGAGGCUCAGCAUUAGAUUUGAUGGAGCCUGGAGCUCUGGACGAGACACAGAUCGCCACGAUCCUGAGAGAGAUCCUCAAGGGCCUUGAGUAUCUGCACUCUGAGAAGAAGAUCCACAGGGAUAUCAAAGCUGCCAACGUGCUGCUGUCCGAGCAAGGAGAGGUGAAGCUGGCAGAUUUCGGUGUGGCGGGGCAGCUGACCGACACUCAGAUCAAACGCAACACCUUUGUCGGCACGCCCUUCUGGAUGGCCCCCGAGGUUAUCAAACAGUCGGCCUACGACUCCAAGGCUGAUAUCUGGUCUUUGGGCAUCACAGCCAUCGAGCUGGCAAAAGGUGAGCCUCCCCACUCGGAGCUGCACCCCAUGAAGGUUUUAUUCCUCAUCCCAAAGAACAACCCGCCCACGCUGGAGGGCAACUACAGCAAACCGCUCAAGGAGUUUGUCGAGGCCUGUCUCAACAAGGAGCCCAGUUUUAGGCCAACUGCCAAAGAGCUGCUGAAGCAUAAGCUGAUCGUUCGCUAUGCGAAAAAGACCUCCUACUUGACUGAGCUGGUGGACAAGUACAAGAGGUGGAAGGCAGAGCAGUCUAGAACCACAGAGUCCAGUUCUGAUGAGUCAGACUCAGAGCAGGAUGGCCAGGCGUCUGGCGGGAACGACUUUGGCAGCGAUGACUGGAUCUUCACCAUCCGGGAAAAGGACCCCAAGAAGCUGCAGAACGGGGAGGGACAGUCAGUGGCAUCAGAUCAGACAAAAGACAUUCCAAAGAGGCCUUAUUCACAGAGCCUGGCUACAGUCAUUUCUCCUGCAUUAGCCGAGCUCAAGGCGAGACAGGAGCAGGUGAACGGCAACCCCAUGGUCCUGGACGAGCUGAGGGAGGCCAUCCUGCUGGCUGAAGAGGCCUACCCCGGUAUCUCCGAUUCCCUGGUGGCUCACAUGGUCCACAGGCUCCAGAGCUUCUCCACAAGCAGGACAUCCUCCUCCUCCCCCUAGUAACCGGCUCUCUGCCCCAGCCCUGCUCUCCCAGGCCCCCACCCCCCACCCCCCAACACCACAUCCAGGUCAGAGGGUUAAAAGCCAAGGGUCAAGUCAUUCAAUACCAGCUGACCACAUUUGACCUCCCAUGUUGGGGGGGGUGCUAAUCUAGUCCUGUAAAAAUUACUGAACUCCAAAGUGGAGGAUAACGGAGAGACUCUGGAGAGCUUCUUUUAGCCACUUAUGAGAGGAGAAGUUCAGGGGGAAGCAGAACCUGCAGAAACAGAUGGGACAAGACUCAAAGUCAGAGCAUCAAGUCAAGUCAGACUCUGACAGCCUCACACCACGGAGUCUCUACGUGGAAUUUGCUCGACGAGGAGCUGAACCCCCCCCCCCUCCCCCAAAAAAACAAAAAAAUACAAGACUUCAUCCCCUUCUCAAUGCAGGCGUCAUAUCCCCAGAACCUCUAAAAGCAUGCUUGAUGAACCUGCAGGGAUAUUAUGUUUGUGUGCAAGCUGCGUGUGUGCACAAACAUGGGUGUGGGCACCUGCGAGCGUGUCUGUGUGUGUGCGUGCAUGUGUGCUACGUAAGACUCCCUGUUAAGGCAAAUUGCAGCAUUCUUAAUGAAACCUCAGGUAAAGUGCUUUAAGUGGACCUUUGUCCUCCGAGGCAGUGGGAGGAGGAGGAGGAGGAGGAGGUGGUGGGGGGUCGCCAUGCUGUACAUGAUCACGAGUUGUCAUUGCGGGAAAUGAAUCACUGUGUACAAAAUGGUCAUGCGCAUUUUGUAGAUAUUGAUAAUGUUUAAAAGUAGAUAUUUAAAGAUUUCAAGAGUUCCUCCAACAGAGAGAACAGAAAAUGCCUUGCCUUUUUGAGAUAACACAUCUACGUUCUGGCAUUUCAUCAGAGGUUUAGUUUGUUUUCUUUUACUCGUCGGUGAGUGAAAUUCAGUAUUCAUUAGUGUUUUCUUACCAAGUGACUGAGCUCCAAUCUUCCAUUUCAAUCACCUGCUAAACCAUCAGACUAACUAUGAUACUAAGCUUACUUUGUUUAGAGGCAGAAGCUUUUCCUUUGUUUGUGUAGUCAAGGGAGGAGGCCUACCUGUACUUAUGUUUAGACAAUUUAAGUCAGUUUUGAAGUUGUGUAGGUUAAAUAUGAGGGCAGACGGUGGCUCUUGACUAAGGAUAGCAAAUAUGGAGUGGAGCCGAGGACGGACGAGGGGGAACCACUGUGUGCGGCUGAGUGCUGAAAUCAUGUCAAGUAUUAUUCUUUCCUUGGCUUGUAAUUUAUCCUCAGCAUUACUUUGAAGCGGAGGCGAGGAGUAACCGCCGAGGACCAUCGCAGGCAAUCGUGACGCUCGCUCAUGGCCAAACUAAACCGCAGAUCAGGACGAGCCGAGCUGCAGAAAUCGACGCCGUCCUUAUUUCCUCACUCCACACAUUUCUGUUCUCACUUCCACACCGCGCUAAAAGUGCCAUGUCCUCUUAUACGCUUUCACCAGAUGUUUGUAGUAUGAUUUGCACCUUUUUUUUUUCUUUUAGCUGAGUCCGAUCAGUUUUUUUUUUUCUUUCACACUUUGAAAGUGUGUCGAGUAUUUAAAGAAAACCUGUAAGAGGAAAAAAAACAAAAUGAAAAAAGUUGCUAAUAGCCAUGUUUUACUAUAUAUGUUUACUUAAGAGUUCCAGAAUUUACUACUACUGUGCUAAUGCAGCAAUAAUGUUGAGGAGUUGCAUCAAGACGCACUUGUCAACACAGGGAUUGAAAGAAAUUAAGAAAUAUCUGAUAUUUUUAUAACUGCAAAGAGUUAAGUAUGAAAAUAUGGAAUGCUUUAUGAAUAUGGGCACCUGCCUCUGGCAAAAAUAUCUAUACCUUACAGAAAAACAUAUGCUACGGAAAGAACUACAAAAUGUGUACAUUUGGUCUCCUUUAUCAUAGCUGACAGUUUAUAGUACUGUAUAUAAUCUUUGCUUGUGUCAUUUGAGAAUUCCCAAGUAAAAUGUAAGCUCCUUGUAAGCUUUCAAAGUGACAUGAGAAAUAAAGAUCUAAUGCUAACUGAGA